AUGGCUGAGAAACAGAGUUUACCAGUGGUCCUCUCUAUGGGUGCUUAUCCAUUCACCUUUCUCGAGUGGUUGAGUAUCAUAGCAAUCAUGCUCCUUUGUGCACCUAUCAUUUUGACUGGUAUGGCGCUAUGCUGGGUGGUUCAGAAGCUUCAGGGCCCGAUUUUCAAUAUGGGCUAUCCUUAUAACCUCAAGCCAGUGAGAGCUUCUCGCGAGGAGUAUGCUGUUGUUACUGGUGCAUCCAAGGGUAUGGGCCGUCAGUUUGCCAUGAAGUUGGCGAAAGCAGGGUGGAGUCUUGUGAUUGCCGCUCGUAACGAGAAGUUGUUAAACGAGUUGAAAGAUACUUUGGUGAAGACUUACGGUCCGAGUUGCAAGGUUGCCGUUGUUCCGUGCGAUUUGUCCUGUGAUGAGGGUCUUGCCAAACUCCGUGCUGCCGUUGAUGAUCUUCCAGUCACCCUAGCUGUUCUGAAUGCUGGUGGUAUGUAUUCGUGUGAUAUCGUCAAUCUCGAGCCGGAGAAGUUGGAAGCUCAGAUUCGUCUGAAUAUCAUCCAACAAGUGAUGCUCUCACAAUACUUCAUGGCCCAUCACUUCGUUCCUCGUGGAAAGGGUCGUGUCUGCAUCAUGAGCUCUUUAGCAGCCCAUUUUAUCGGUAGCGGUAACGCCUUCUACUACAGCUCGAAGUCUUUCCUCACUCAAUGGGGCAAAUGCCUGGAUCAUGAGUGCCGUACUCUUGGUGCCGGUGUCCUCACCAUCCAACCUGGUGCCAUGAACGAUACCAACUUCAGUAAUGCUGCUGGUUGCAAGGCAUCGCCUUGUUUCACUCUGCUCAACAUGCCUUCGGAGGAGUGCACCGAUGAGGUCGUCUGGAGGCUUCAGAAUGAUGAUCCUCGUAUUGCUACUGGCGUGCAUACCAUCGGCUUUAUGAAUCAGGUCGCUGUUGCUCUCGAGCCAUGGCUUAGCGACAGCUUUGACGCCUGGCUUGGGCGCAUGAUGGUUUUCCAGCCCAACACUCCGUACCUGCGUAGCAUGAAUGCAAGAGAAAGCAAAUUGGCUAUUCUUACUGAGUGA